AUGUCCGGCAAAACAGUAUUCAUCAUUGGACCUGGCUUCAUUGGCUGGAAUGUCCUCGACUUACUUAUCGCCGAGGGCUACCAAGUCACCGGCAUGGUGCGUCGCGAACAGCACGCCGAGGGCAUCAGAAAGUCCGGCGCGCAGGUAGUCUUUGGCGACCUGGACAAUAAACCCCUCAUUACUCAACACACAGCGAACUCAGACAUCGUCAUCCACACCGCAACCGCCGACCACCUCGCCUCGGUCGAAGCCGUCCUCGACGGCAUCCGGCAGCGCGCCGCCGCCGGCAAGGAAACCAUCUACCUCCACACAUCCGGCACCUCCCUCCUCGACGACGGCGCGCUCGGCGCCUUCAAAGGCGACAAGAUCUACACCGACGCCGACCCCACCAUCAUCGACGCGCUGCCCGAAACGCAACCGCACCGCUUCGUCGACCUGGCCAUCGCGCGCGCCGCCCGCAGCGACGAAUUAGCAGAGAAGGCGAAAAUCGCCAUCGUCAUCCCGCCCGAGAUCUACGGGUGGAACGAGCGCCACGGGCGCCUGACCAUCCAGCUGCCGACGAUCGCGCGCUUCGCCCUCGUGCGCGGAUGGGCGGGCCAUGUCGGCGACGGCCUGAGCGUCGAGUCGCAGAUCCACGUCAAGGAUCUGGCGCGCGCGUAUGUCGUGCUGCUGCACGUGAUUGAGAAGAGUGGGCAGGAUACGGCAUGGCUGCGCGAGAACCCGUAUUUCUUUUGCGAGAAUGGACGCGAGUUCUCGUGGAAGGAGGUCGCGGAGGGUGUGGCUGAGAGUCUGGUUAAGGUGGGCCGGUUGCCGAAGAAGGAUGUGAGGUCGUUUGAUAAGGAGGCGGGUGACUGGGAUCAGCUCUUUGCGGCUGGAACGGCGGCGGCGAUCGGGCUGAACUCGAGGAGCCGCGCGGUGCGGCUGAGGGAGCUGGGGUGGGAGCCGAGGGAGAAGAGUAUUUGGGAGAGUUGGGAGCAGGAUGAGCUGCCGGCGGUGCUGCGGGAGUGGGAUGCGCGGCCGGAGGCGGAGAAGACGAGCGCGUAUAUGUUGCGUGUGGUGUGA